AUGGCGGAAAAGUUUAGCAAGUUUCGCGAUCCGGGCACGGGCAUCCAGGUCUUUCUCACGCCCGUUUCGACACGCACCACCAUCCUCCUCCCCAUCCUUACCCUGCUCGGCAUUGUUCGUUGCGUCCUUGCUUUGGUCGCGUACGCAGUGUACUUUAUCGCCCCCAGUGUUGGGGUUCGACUUGGACUGGUAGCGCUUGGGUACUGGCGUGUUUCUCCAGACUACCGAGGUAAGGUGGUGGGGAGGGUUGUGGUUGCGAAUCACUCGAGUUGGAUCGACCUGCUUCUGCUCAGCGCGCUGUAUCCGGGGGCUGUAUUUGUGCAGCCUGUUCGUAACGACGCUCAACGGGCCAAGGGGAAAGUCAAUGCUGUUUCGGCCAAUACUCGAAUGACCGGUGUCAACGAUCCAAACCUCGCCAUUAUCGGUUACGCACUGCUACCUUUGCAUCACGCUCUUCACUACGUUGGAGACCUUCCUCCAACCACCCUGCCGAAGAUGUUUAGCGAUAUCGAUUCGGCGGUCAAAAGCGUGCGACGACCGGUGGUGGUGUUUCCCGAAGUUGUAACGAGCAACAACCGGGCGCUCCUCCACUUUGACUCUGCCCUCGUUCCAAACGGCGACGUGGUGGUGGUUAGCAUAAAGUACGCCUCACCUUCGCCUGCCGCCCCUUCAUCGGUCAGUGCCCCUUUCCAACCAGCCUGGAAACACGCCCUUAAACUCCUCUUCACUUCACCAGUCAGAAACGUGACGGUAAAAGCGACAAUGGGGAGGGAGGAUGUGGGUGGAGUGUUGGCCGGGCUGGGAAGGUGGAAACGGACCGCCAUCGACUGGACCGCCAAGAGGGAGUUUCUCGAUCUCGUCCAGGCACGAACCAAAAAGACCUAG